AUGGCGAGUUCGGAUUAUACACUGAAUCGGCGUCCAUCAAGAAGCGCCGCAACCACGACAUUUUCUUCUGAGGUAUUCGACAACGAAGUUGUGCCCUCAUCACUCGCCUCCAUCUCGCCAAUUCUCAGAGUCGCCAAUGAGAUAGAGAGCGAGCGUCCUAGGGUUGCUUAUCUCUGUCGGUUCUAUGCUUUUGAGAAAGCGCAUAGGCUGGACCAGAGUUCCAGCGGGCGUGGUGUUAGGCAGUUUAAGACCUUGUUGUUACAACGAUUGGAGAGGGACAAUCCAAAAAGUCUUGCUUCGCGGGUUAAGAAGACGGAUGCAAGAGAAAUUCAGUCCUAUUAUCAGCAAUACUACGAUCAUUAUGUCAGAACUCUCGAUCAGAAGGAGCAAGCAGACAGAGCCCAACUCAGCAAAGCUUACCAGACUGCUGGGGUUCUAUUUGAAGUGCUCUGUGCGGUAAAUAAGACUGAGAAGGUAGAAGAAGUUGCUCCUGAGAUUAUUGCCGCAGCAAGAGAUGUCCAGGAGAAGACGGAGAUUUAUACGCCUUAUAAUAUUCUUCCUCUGGAUGCUGCUGGGGCUUCCGUGCCAAUAAUGCAAUUUGAAGAGAUCAAGGCUUCUGUCUCUGCACUUUGGAACACUCGUGGCUUGAACUGGCCUAAUUCAUCUGGGCUACAGAGGCAGAAAACUGAAGAUUUAGACUUGCUUGAUUGGCUUAAAGCUAUAUUUGGUUUUCAGAGGGAUAAUGUCAGGAAUCAGAGGGAGCAUCUGGUUUUGCUUCUUGCUAACACUCAUAUAAGGCUACAUCCUAAACCCGAGCCUUUCAACCUGCUGGAUGAUCGUGCUAUAGAUUCAGUGACGAAAAACCUUUUUAAGAAUUACAAAAUGUGGUGCAAAUUCCUAGGACGAAAACACAGCUUACGACUUCCUCAAGGUCAGCAAGAGACACAGCAACGGAAGUUGCUUUAUAUGGGGUUGUAUCUUCUGAUAUGGGGUGAAGCAUCCAACGUUCGCUUCAUGCCCGAGUGUCUGUGCUACAUAUUUCACAACAUGGCAUAUGAACUCCACGGUUUAUUGGCUGGAAAUGUCAGUAUUGUUACUGGUGAGAAUAUCAAGCCUUCCUAUGGUAGUGAUGACGAGGCUUUCCUGUGCAAGGUUAUAACUCCUUUGUACCGAGUGAUUGAAAAGGAAGCCAAGAAGAGUCGACAUGGAAAGGCUCCACUCUCAGCAUGGUGCAACUACGAUGAUCUAAAUGAGUAUUUCUGGUCAUCUGAUUGCUUUUCUCUUGGAUGGCCCAUGCGUGAUGAUGGUGAAUUCUUUAAAUCAACUAGUGAUUUGGCACAGGGAAGAAAGGGUGCUCCAAGAAAAUUUGGAAAAACUGUCAAAUCAAAUUUUGUUGAGACACGAUCAUUCUGGCACAUCUUCCGCAGCUUUGAUCGUCUGUGGACAUUUUUUAUACUGGGUUUGCAGGUGAUAUUCAUUAUUGCUUGGGAAGGGAUUACACUGUCGAAUAUAUUUCGGAGGGAAGUUUUAUAUUAUCUCUCAAGCAUAUUCAUCACAGCAUCCAUUCUGCGCUUGCUUCAAAGUAUCUUGGACCUGAUCCUGAACUUUCCAGGCUAUCAUCGAUGCAAAUUCAUUGAUGUGCUAAGAAAUAUUCUUAAAGUCUUCGUCACUCUUUUUUGGGUUAUCAUUCUCCCACUCUUCUAUGUUAAUUCCUUCAAGGGUGCACCUGCGGGUCUGAAGCAGUUGCUUCCCUUUUUCAAUCAAAUAAAAGGCAUUCCACCACUUUACAUAAUGGCUGUUAUAUUAUAUUUGCUUCCAAAUUUACUGGCUGCUAUUCUGUUUCUUUUCCCAAUGUUAAGGCGUUGGAUUGAAAACUCAGACUGGCGCAUAGUUAGAUUCUUCUUGUGGUGGUCUCAGCCAAGCAUCUAUGUUGGAAGAGGAAUGCAUGAAAGUCAAUUUACUCUUCUGAAGUACACUAUAUUCUGGGUGUUGCUUUUGACUUGCAAAUUUUUAUUCAGUUAUUUUGUCCAGAUUAAACCUCUAGUUAGACCAACAAAGGACAUAAUGAGCAUUCGGCGUGUCGAUUUUGAAUGGCAUGAAUUUUUUCCCACCGCUCGAAAUAACUAUGGGGCAAUAAUUGCACUCUGGACCCCUGUAAUUUUGGUUUAUUUCAUGGACACUCAAAUCUGGUAUGCAAUCUUCUCAACUUUGUACGGAGGUGCUGUUGGAGCCUUUGAUCGUCUAGGAGAGAUACACACCCUGGUCAUGCUAAGAUCCCGGUUUCUGUCAUUGCCUGGUGCAUUCAACACAUGCUUGGUUCCUUCUGAUAAGAAACAAAAAGAGAGAUUCUCUUUCUCAAAGAAAUUCGCUGAGAUUUCUGCAAACAAAAGAAGCGAAGCUGCCAAAUUUGCCCAAAUAUGGAAUGAGAUUAUUUGUUGUUUCCGUGAGGAAGAUCUCAUAAGUGAUAGGAAAGGACCUCAGUCUAUCUUGCUCUCUAUCCUAGAUUAUAUGCUUCCAAGUCCCUCUUUUUUGCCCAUCACCUAUUUAGGACUAAACUCUUUGCAUGACUCCAGGGAGAUGGAUCUUCUGCUAGUUCCUUACUCAUUGGGUCAUUGUCUGAAAAUAAUUCAGUGGCCGCCAUUUUUGCUUACAGGGAAGAUUACUGUGGCACUGGAUAUUGCAACUCAGUUUCGAGGGAGGGACUCUGACCUUUGGAAGCGCAUAUGUGCAGAUGAAUAUAUGAAAUGUUCUGUGAUUGAAUGCUACGAAUCCUUUAAACAUUUUCUACAGGAUUUGGUGAUAGGGGAAACUGAAAAAAGAAUAAUUUCCAUCAUCAUUAAAGAAGUCGAGAGCAACAUCUCAAAGAAUACUCUUCUUACAAACUUCCGUAUGGCCUAUUUACCUUCCCUUUGUAAGAAGUACGUGGAACUUGUGGAAUUUUUGAAAAAUGGAGAUCCAUCCCAGCAGGGUACUGUUGUGGUUUUGCUGCAAGACAUGUUAGAAGUGGUUACCGACAUGAUGGUGAAUGAAAUCAGCGAAUUGGCAGAACUUAAUCAAAGUAGCAAGGACACUGGACAACAAAUUUUUGCUGGUAGAGAGGGAAAACCCGCUAUUCGUUUCCCACCUGUGGUUACAGCGCAAUGGGAGGAACAGAUAAGACGUCUUUAUCUACUCUUGACUGUGAAAGAAUCUGCCGUUGAUGUUCCAACAAACACCGAAGUACGAAGAAGGGUUACAUUCUUUAGCAAUUCAUUGUUCAUGGAUAUGCCACGUGCUCCUCGAGUACGUAAAAUGCUCUCAUUCAGUGUCCUAACUCCAUACUACAGUGAAGAGACUGUAUAUUCUAAGAAUGACAUUGAGUUUGAGAAUGAAGAUGGCGUGUCAAUCAUAUAUUACCUUCAGAAGAUAUUCCCUGACGAAUGGAAUAACUUCUUGGAGCGACUUGAUUGUAAGAAAGAUAGCGAGAUAUGGGAGAAAGAUGAGAAUAUAUUACAUCUACGUCACUGGGCCUCAUUAAGAGGACAAACUCUUUGUAGGACAGUUAGGGGAAUGAUGUACUACAGGCGGGCAAUAAAGCUCCAAGCAUUUCUUGAUAUGGCUUCUGAAAAAGAGAUACUUGACGGCUAUAAAGCUAUUGAUGUUCCAUCUGCGGAAGAAAAAGAGAGUAAUAGAUCCUUAUAUGCCAGUUUAGAGGCUAUGGCUGACAUGAAAUUCACAUACAUUGCUACCUGUCAGAAUUAUGGGAAUCAGAAGCGUAGUGGAGAUCGCCGUGCAACUGAUAUCCUGAAUCUGAUGGUUAACAAUCCCUCACUGCGUGUUGCAUAUAUUGAUGAACUUGAAGAAAGAGAAGAUGGACAAGUGCAUAAAGUUUAUUAUUCUGUAUUGGUCAAAGCUGUUGACAAUCUUGACCAAGAAAUAUAUCGAAUAAAGCUUCCGGGAGCGGCAAAGUUAGGAGAAGGAAAGCCAGAAAAUCAAAACCAUGCUAUCAUUUUUACUAGAGGGGAAGCUCUUCAGACUAUCGACAUGAACCAGGAUAAUUACUUAGAAGAAGCUCUGAAAAUGCGUAACCUUUUGGAAGAAUUUAACGAGGAUCAUGGAUUGCGCGCACCCACCAUAUUAGGUGUUCGUGAGCAUAUUUUCACUGGAAGUGUCUCUUCCUUGGCCUGGUUUAUGUCAAAUCAAGAAACUAGCUUUGUCACAAUUGGCCAAAGAGUUCUUGCUAGAACGCUAAAGGUUCGAUUCCACUAUGGCCAUCCAGAUGUUUUUGAUAGAAUUUUCCAUUUUACCCGUGGAGGAUUCAGCAAGGCUUCUUGUGGCAUCAACCUAAGCGAGGAUAUAUUUGCUGGUAACAUUGUUGAUUCAUUGUUUUUUGGCAGUGAUAUGAUAUUUCUACCUCUGCAUAAUGCCUUUCCCUAUACAGGAUUCAACUCAACACUAAGACGUGGAAAUGUUACUCAUCAUGAAUACAUUCAAGUUGGAAAGGGUAGAGAUGUAGGGCUCAAUCAAAUCUCUCUUUUUGAAGCAAAAGUGGCCUGUGGUAAUGGAGAGCAGACAAUAAGCAGGGAUAUCUACCGACUGGGGCAUCGAUUUGACUUUUUCCGAAUGCUAUCAUUUUAUUUUACAACUGUUGGAUUUUAUUUCAGCUCAAUGAUGGUGGCCCUCACGGUUUAUGCUUUCCUGUAUGGCAAAUUUUACCUGUCAUUGAGUGGACUUGAGGCUGCUAUAAUUAAGUUAGCCAGGAAGAAGGGAGAUGAUCCAUUAAAGGCAGCAAUGGCUUCCCAGUCCCUUGUUCAAAUUGGUAUUCUGAUGACUCUUCCCAUGGUCAUGGAAAUUGGACUUGAGAGAGGGUUCAGAACUGCUCUAAGUGAGAUCAUAAUAAUGCACUUGCAGCUAGCACCCGUUUUCUUCACUUUCUCACUAGGAACUAAGAUGCACUACUAUGGGCGCACUCUCUUGCAUGGUGGGGCAAAGUACAGAGCAACUGGGCGUGGUUUUGUUGUUCGUCAUGAAAGGUUUGCGGAAAAUUAUAGGAUGUAUUCCAGGAGUCACUUUGUAAAAGGGAUGGAGUUAGCUAUUCUGCUUAUAUGUUAUAGGCUUUAUGGAGCAGCAACUCCUGAUUCAGUAUCAUAUGGCCUUCUCUCGUUAUCAAUGUGGUUCUUAGUGUGUUCGUGGUUGUUCGGUCCUUUUCUUUUUAAUCCAUCAGGAUUUGAGUGGCAGAAGAUAGUUGAGGAUUGGGAUGAUUGGACAAAAUGGAUAAAUAGUCAUGGUGGUAUUGGUGUUCCUUCGAACAAGAGCUGGGAAUCAUGGUGGAAUGAGGAACAGCAGCAUCUGCUGCACACUGCGCUCUGGGGGAAGAUUUGUGAGGUCAUUCUUGCCCUGCGUUUCUUUGUCUAUCAGUAUGGGAUUGUGUAUCAUCUUCAUGUAGCUAGAUCUGAUAAGAGCAUCACGGUUUACGGUCUGUCCUGGCUAGUGGUAGUAGUCGCCAUAAUCAUCUUGAAGAUAGUAUCCUUGGGUAGAAAGACGUUCAGUGCAGAUUUCCAACUGAUGUUUCGUCUCCUCAAAUUGUUUCUGUUUAUUGGAAUUGUUGUCAUUCUCGUCUUAAUGUUUACCCUACUGAGUCUCACAGUUGGUGACAUCUUUGUGAGCAUCCUAGCCUUUAUGCCGACAGGUUGGGCAUUUAUACAGAUAGGUCAAGCAUGCAAGACCAUGGUGAAGGCAAUUGGAAUGUGGGGGUCUAUAAAAGCGUUAUCAAAAGGAUAUGAAUACGUGAUGGGAGUGAUUAUCUUUGCACCAGUGGCCAUAUUGGCUUGGUUCCCAUUUGUAUCAGAAUUUCAAACUAGACUGCUAUACAAUCAAGCUUUCAGCCGAGGGCUCCAAAUCCAGCGCAUUCUGGCUGGUGGCAAGAAGAAUAAAUAAGACAACUAGAUCCUUUUCAGUCAUCUUGUUACAGAGUCUAGACGGAAGAUGAGAUGAAUGUUGCUGCAUACAAAAAUAAAAAUCAGCAAUUAUGAUGUAGCAGACUGCAUAUGGAGACUGUACAUAAGAACCAUACUUUGAUAUAGUGUUGGAUAAUUUCAUGAAUUCUGAAGAGCAUUGAGUUGGAUCUUAUAACGAAACAGAUUAAACUCCAAGAUUACCGGUUAGAGUCUUAGAGAAGCAAGAAGUGGCAUGUUUGGCCAUGAGUCACAGUCCCUACUGUCCGAAAGGAAGCUAGUCAGUUAAUUCUUGAGUACUACCAUGUGACAUUUGGAAUGAAAACAGCGGUAGUUACACAUGUAUGUCACAAUUGGCUGAGACCAUGUAGGCAAUAGUGAAAAUUUUAGAAUAACUCUGACAGAAGGAA